AUGACAACAGGAGUAAACGUUGCUAAAGAACGUGACGAAUUGAAGAGAGAAUUAACUUCUGUGUUGGAUGAGCAAGAUGAAGCUUCGUUUGUAUUUCACCGUGUGGAUCAUAUUGUGAGAAAUGAAUCGACAUUAUCGAAUCUUGACACUGUAAAAUAUCUAACUGAUAUUUUCUAUCCAUUUGGAACGCGUGCACUUGUUCAUAACUCUCAGGUACUAGCGAUCAAAAUGGUCAAACUGAUGCAUUGGUGGUAUAAUAAACGAUCGGGAGAGGUACCAGCCAAAGAUCUACUAGAAAUUGUCCGUGGUGGACUCAUACAAAUUUUUGAAAAGGGUCCGGAUGGUAAACUAAAAAAGGAGUCAAAGCCACCAGAUCCACGAACUUUACCUUAUCUCAUACGUUUGUUCGAAAUUCCAGUUAAUAUCUCGAGUGGCGAAGAAAUCAAUGCGCUAAUCGGAUUAUUAUAUGCCUGUAUGGCUUAUAACGCCGCAGAUUCGACGGAUAUGCGCGACUAUUUGGUUACAAGUCCACAUUUCGGAUCUUUGUGGCAAUUAUAUUUCAAUCCCUUACGCAUUGCGAGUGCGAAAAGUGAAGAUCCACAUGUAUCAACUGAAGCACCAGGUAAAAAGUCAUUUUCAGUAACACCUCUAAUUGAAGUUAAGUGGAUGGAUGGCCGACAAGAUAUCUACAGUGAUGGAUACGCACCUCCGCGUAAGCGUGUUGACGAACUCGUUCAUAUGGCAAUCGAGGCGUGCAAGACAAAAGAAACUUUACUUAGCUUACUCAAGAACAUACCUUUAAAUUUCGUGAAAAGUGGGGACAUGUUUUCUUAUUGGCUGACUCUCUAUCGUCAGUUGACAUCACAUCGUCUCUUUGACAUUUAUAUCAAUACCAAAUAUUUCGAACUUAUCGAAACACUCGAUCUGCAAGUUUAUGAAAGUCAACUGAAAAGUUACGUUUCCAGUCUAUUUCCUAUUUGGCAAGUGUUAACCAAGACGGAUCUGUUAGAAUCUGUCUCGAUUCGUAUUACACAUUUUAUUCAGAUAAUUAUUCGUUGCAAGUCAAGUAACUGGCUAACAUCGAUUGACGAAUUAACGGAACAAAUAUGCGAAAAUACACUGAAACAACAUGAAGAUGGUUAUCUAUCAUAUUAUCUUUUACUCAAAGAUCUACUUCCAAUUUACGAUGAGGCAAAUUUAAUCCAUACGAUUAAAAAAGUUAAUAAAAACAUCGUUAUACAUUACCUUGAUGUUGCUAUGAAAGACAAUCGCCAUGUCAUUUAUCUCAUAAAUAUUCUGAAAUAUGUGCGAAAGCAUACAGACGAAGAUCUUUUGAGUGAAUUAUUUAGUUGUGUUGCUUCGUGUACUCAGAAUAAAAUUGUAUUUGAAAUCAUUAGAAAUUGUAUUUGGCCAAAUAGUACACUGGCUACCUAUGUUCAAAAUGCAGGUAACAAACAAAUUCAAGAUUUAUUUUCUUGUAUCCGAUCAGACAUGGCUUUGGAAUACGUCGAUGUAUUACUUCACGUUGUCGAAACUCUUGUCCAAAACGCUCAGCUGCGAAAGAUUGUUUAUGAACUCGAUGAUAUACAUGAAAUUAUUCAAAAGUGGUUGAACAGAUCGAUAUCAAUACCAAUAAUUGUACGUCUUCUUGACAUUCUUAUUGAUGUUGGCUCUUCUGAAGACAAUCGUCAUAGAAUGGACAUUGAAAACUUCUUUCACAAUGAAUAUUGUCCGAAAUUAUUAGCAAUUGAUUUCGGAGAACAAAGUUCCUUUGCUCGUAUCAUCAUUUUUCUUAAUUCGAUCGCGACAAAUCAGAGUUCCAAAUGCAAACUACUAGAAGAAUUCUUUCAAAAAUUAAACAGAACAACAGAAGACAACCUCAAGCCAUGCACAUCGCACAUGAAGAGUAUUGCACGAGAAAUUCUCGAAUCUAAAUCGCGACCGAUACUAUUUCAACUUCUCACACCAUUUAUUCCUGAUAUUAUUGGGCAAUUAGGACGUGGGCAUGCACGAAAAGCACCAUGUGUUCGUGUCCUUGCUGAAUUGUUAGAAUUAUCAGAAGAACAGCGUUUAACUUUGUCCGAAUAUUUCCAAGAUUCACCAACAGUUGAAACUCAAAAUGAAACAUGUUCAACGUAUCAACAACAGCAGGCACAUCUCGAAACGUUUUUCUCUGCUGAAAUCGACAGUAAAACAGAAACGGUGCAAAUAAGUUAUAAAGAUUUUGCGAAAGCACACGAAUUAUUGAAUCAGUUGAAAGACACGGAAUCGGCGGCAAUUGAUCAAACGUUGCGCACUCGUCUAUUUGAAAAACAUCAGACAUUGUCUUAUUCAAAUAUAUGUGAACAAGCUGAUCGUUUAGUACUUACAGCCACAGCACGAGAGAAUGUGUUGAAAGUUCUGGAAGUACUCACCGAUUGCGUUCCUAUUCUUCUCGAAGGCGAAACCGGUGUGGGCAAAAGUGCUAGUGUAAUAGAAGCAGCCCACCAGUCAAGAAAGAAAAUCAUUCGCUAUAACAUGUCAUCUCGUGUGACAAUUGAUGAUCUACUAGGCAAAGUUACUCCUGUUUACGACGUGCAAAGUCAAAAUACAAGUUUUCGUUUCAUCAAUGGUCCAUUUACGACUGCAUUUUUGGAAGGCUGUUGGAUACUGUUUGACGAGCUCAAUCUCGCACAAGAUACUGUCCUACAAGCUAUCGAAUCAGCUCUCGAUACUCAACAAUUAACCAUUCAUGAUUUCAACUCAGAACAAAAAACAAGUACUGUUUAUAAGAUGCACCACGAUUUUCGUCUAUUUGCAACACAAAAUCCCAGUACAGGAUUUUUCAAAGGAAAACGUGAGAAGUUAUCGUCAUCAUUUCUUAGCCGUUUUCGACCGAUUAUUUUCAAAGAACUGCCUGAUCGUGAAUGGUGUAGUAUCGUAGAAAAACAACUGAAGCAAUCGUUUCAGAAUGCAGCUCACGGAUUAUCUGAAUUACUCGUGCGAAGAUAUCAUGCCAAUAUCAGAGAAGCUUUGCACAAUCAUGACUCGGCAUCGAUCGAAACAGGUCCAUACGCAGAAAUUUCUAUUCGUGAACUUCUUAAAUGGGUCAAAGUACUUAACUGGCAAAGUAAACAUAAUCAAUGGCCUCAUGAUCAGCUUCUGCGUAAUCAAUUAAUAAGUUUUAGCGCAUGGUGCAUAUAUGGAGCACGAUAUCGUUCGACUGGUAGAAAAAUGAUUGAAGACAUACUUACAGACAGAGGAAGAGACAAGUCAAAUGCAGAAGCUCUUCAUAAAUUUAGUUUCAAAGUUGAUCAAAAACUUCGUAUAGUAUAUUUUGAUAAUAUUCCAUGCCCCGCUCGAAUGGAAAAACUCAUUGAUCAGCCAGCCAAAGAAUGGAAUCGGUUUGUUGUUUCAAGCAAUGGUACAUCUAUCGAUUUUGAUCAAUAUCUAUGGAAUGCAGCACGAAAAGCACAUUUGGCAGUUCAUAGUGCAGCAUUAAAUACAGAAUUUAUCGUUGCACAUGGUAUCUAUCGUAUUGAUCGUUCAUGGCUAUGGGAUUGGCUUUCAUCCGCAGCGCAAGUGAACAAAAUUAGCAACAGACGCGAAUGUGCUCUUCACGGCAGUAUCAUGUACCAACGUCGUUUCCGACAUAAUGCUGCACAGGCUAUAGUUCGACGGUGUUUUAGUACCGCAUUUAGUAUACCAGAACUAACUGAAACAUCAAACAUAUCGUCUGAUUCACUAGUACGACCAGAAUUACCAUAUGUUUUAACCGACCGCGUUUUACGCGCAUUGAAGCAAAUAUCUUUUCACCUACAAAUUAAACAGCCGAUUCUUCUCACUGGGGUUGAAGGUUGUGGUAAAUCAGAUCUAUUGUUGACACUUGCCUGGUUACAUGGUCAACAAGUUCAUCAACUUAACAUUACUCCUGAAACCGAACCAUCUGCGUUUAUUGGCCAGUUCAUUCCAAACGAAACUGAAGAUAAACAUAAUUCAAACCGCAGCAAUAAAUUAGUUUGGCAAGAUGGCUGCGUGACGAAGGCAUUCAAAAAAGAAAAUCAAUGUGGACAUUGGGUGUUACUUGAUAACCUGAACAUGGCCGAGUCGUCUGUUCUCGAACGACUUAAUCCAAUUCUCGAAGAGAGACCAAUGCUAAUAUUGACUGAAAAAGGUGAUAAUCAUGUAGAGGAAAUGCAUGAUGACUAUCAAUUAGUAGCAACAAUGACACCUUCUGACCUCGAUUAUGUACAAAAUAGAGCAACAAGUGAACUAUCACCAGCACUUUACAACCGUUUCUCAAUUGUUCACAUAGAAAGUAUUUCAUUUGAUCCGACAAAUAAUUCAAAUGAACUGUCACAAAUGGCCAGAGCUAUAUUAUCCGAUGAACAAGACACGAAUAGUCAACUUGCUGUAUCGCUUUGUCAUACAGUCCUGAAAUUUUAUACAAAAAAUCGACAUCUUUUUUCAAAAUUCACACUACGGAACAUUGUACGGUUAUUUGAUAGUACAUAUCAGCUGCAAAUGAAAUUCAAAGGACAAUUAGAUUUUCCGUCGAGUCUUUGGACGGCCUAUCAUGUUACUAUUGCCAACCAGAUAAAAAGUGACCAAGAUCUGAAAACACAAUUAACGAAUGAUGUUGAAAAACUACUUCGUGGUGAUCGUGCAUUAGCCAACCUUCAGAAACAAAGGUUUGCUGACUCGAUUAAGACUAGCGAAAUGCACAUCUUGACUCAGAGUCGUCUUAACUAUGUCGAUUCCAUUCUUGGUGCUGUCACUUGCAAUAUUCCCCUUCUACUUGAGGGUGCAGCAGCUGUCGGCAAGACAAGUCUGGUAACAUAUUUAUCUACUCAAUUGAAACCUAUUGAGCGAGUUAACAACAACAAUACAACAACAAUUCAAGAUUACCUGGGUGCGUUUGUUCCAAGCAAUGAUGGCUUUGUCCAUCAAAAAGGAGCUCUCUAUCGUGCAAUGGAAAAUGGCUGGUGGUUUCUCGCUGAUGAGUUUAAUCUAGCUGAUCCAUCGGUAAUGAAUAUACUGUUUCCAUUAUUGGAAGGUAAAAAUAGCAUCAGUAUUCCGUCAACUGGGCAAGUUAUUACAGCCAAAGCUGGAUUCCAUUUUUUUGCUACACAAAAUGACUCCUCGUACGCUAAUCGACAUCAGUUGCCUGUCUCACUGCGUAAUCGUUUUCUUGAACUCCUAUUUGAAGAUUUUCCUGGCGAUGAGUUGUCAGAAAUUAUCUUGAAACGGAAAGAACCUGGGAGACAACGACCAACAUGGUUAACACAACAAUCAACUAAACAGCUAGCUCAGUUUUAUCAUGAGGCCCAAUCUCGAAUCACAUUUCGUGAAAUUGUCAAAUGGCUGCAUCGACAUUCUCUAUUUUUACCAAAAACUGAACGGUGGCCUGUUAUUGGUAUCUCAAUUCUAGGAGCUAAAUAUUCAUCUGAAUCCAAAGCCUUCAAGUCAUUAGUAGAAGAUCUCAGGCGUAUAUGGUCUAAUGUCACUAUCACACCGAAUCCUUCAAUUUCUAUCACAUCAAAUAAUGACAAAGUUUGUUUCAAAGAAGGUGAACUACAAGUUGAAUUCAGCAAUGCGGAAUUAGAGGCAAAUGAAGUACAGCGAUGGCCAGAACAAUUCCGCCGUGCCCUGACACGUCUUGCUCUUGCAGUUCGUGCUAGGGAACCUGUACUUCUUGUUGGACCUACGGCUUGUAAAACUCUCUUGAUAGAAACAUGGGCUCGGCUUUCAAAGCGAAGCGCUCAGAUAGUCAAAGUGCAUUUGACACCAGACACGGAAACCAGUGAUCUAAUUGGUGAGAUACGACCGUAUUCAUAUCUUGACCUAUUGAAACAUUUACCUAUUAUGAUCGAACGCAUCUAUUUACGUUUUCUUGCGCUCUGCCGCCAUCAAAAUCAUCUGAAUAACGAAUUCAAUUCAACCGAACCAAUUUUACCUCGUCUUAUGGAAAUCAUCAAACAUGAUUUACCGCAGAUAAUUCGAGAUUACGAAAGUGCCUAUUCAAAAGUGGAAAGAGACGGAAUUCAUGAAAAUGACGACUUAAUCAGUUCGAACACAGAUAUUUCGACAUCAAAAUUACUUGGCGAAUGUCUGGGUGACUUAGCUGAUAACAUUGAACCCAUAGAUUCAACGGAGCCUUCCAAAGCUAGAAUGAAUAGUCUUAUUUUAAACAUCAGAGGAAAUGAUUUUAUCGGUAAUGCAUUUCAUUCGCCAAAUAUGGAUGAAGGAUACAGAAUUGAUGACAUUAACUCUUCAGGAGAUUAUAACUACCAAGAAUUGCUUUCAUCUAAUAUUAAUACAGACGAAUCGAUUGCCAAUCAAGUCUCUUUAGAGCAACCCUUUGAAGAUAAAUCUCUUGUGUUUGAAGCGGAUACAUCUUCUGAUCAAGUAUUUGAUUUGCUAGAGUAUUUAGAAAACCCAGAGGCCGCCGAUGAAGCAUCUGAUGAAAGAGGCCCUCAACCAAUGCCAGAACAAUCUGACAGUUCUGCGAUAACUUCAGAGAACGUGGAUCACCAAAAUGAGCAAUCGGAAAAGGAUAUAAAAGAAAUGGCAUUCAAAGAAAAACUUGGAAAACCUAUUGAAGAUAUAAAACAACAACUGAAGAUAAUUUUUGGUAGAGAAUAUGCUGCUUUUACUAAAACUGACACUGCCCUUCAAGAUUACCAUUCGAAAUUUCUUGUCGCAUCAGAAUAUCUUAUUAGCUCGAAUUUUGACAAAAUCAAACCAAUCUUUCUUUUCAACGAGGGAUCAGUUACAUCAGCUGCCAAGCGAGGUGCAAUUCUACUUCUCGAAGAUCUCAAUCUACCCAGUCAGGCAGUCGUUGAAAGGUUGAAUUCCAUGCUGGAAGCGAGUCCCAUGUUUACAUUAACAGAAGAUAUCACUAGUCAAGGUGAUAAAGGACAAUUGAACAUAAUGUUAGUCAACGAUUUUCAAAUAUUUGCCACUGUUCAUCAAGAACAUGAAUAUCAACUAUUGAAAUUGAGUCCAGCUAUGCGUUCACGUUUCACUGAAAUCUACAUUCCAGCAUAUUCGAAUGAAGACCUUCAACAGUUGAUUGAAAAUGAAUUAAUAAAGCAGGAAAUCGAUGGAGCUGAAGCAAAGAAACUGGUAGAGAUCAUGUUUUCAUUACGUGAAAAGUUACGCAAUGACCUAGAAUGGAAAAUUCAAAAUGAUAUUCAACUUUUAUUUCGUUGGACAGAUUUCAUAGUCCAACAUCAUUCAUCUGUCUCACUUAUGCAACGUAUGUUUCUUGGUGCUCGUUUUUUCUAUUUCGAUCAAUUACCAAUGUCACGACAUGAAGUGCUUUUUGAUGCAUGGUGCAAAAACUCGGCAACAACGAGUGGUUUUCUGGAAUAUCAGCAUAUUUUCCAAAUACCGAAUGCAUCGCAUGGAGCAAUUACAUUGGAAUCGAUCGAAGCAAGUGAUCCUACUACACAGAAACUUCCACCAUUUGAAAUCGGUCCUGAUUUUAUCCGUGUUCGUUAUACUGGCGUAUGCUACUCCGUUAAGAACAGAAAUAAUGAGAGUGCGAACAUUUCAUUCCGUGACCUCGAGCAAAAGUUUGAUUGUGUACCGACACCAACUUUAAUCAACCAGAUUGCACGUAUAUUUGCUGCCACAUCAUCGAAAGCACCACUUCUUCUCGAAGGUCCGCCAGGAAUUGGUAAAACUCAAGUUGUGCUACAAGUUUGUUCUCUGCUUGGUAAAGAAUGUGAACGCAUCAAUCUAUCAGCUAAUACUUCACUCCAACAACUGAUUGGCUGUAUUGUUCCACGAUGUGUUAAUGGAACACGUGUUUUUCAAUGGCAAGAAGGACGUCUUUUGAAAGCGAUCAAAGCAUCUCAUUGGAUUCUCUUUGAUGAACUUAAUUUAGCUGCUCCUGAAGUACUUGAAGGUUUAACACCAUUAUUUUACAGAGAAACGUCAACAUUCACAGUACCAAAUACCGGUGAAGUGGUCGAUAUAGCCAGUAUUCGUUUGUUUGCGACAAUGAAUCCAUCUACGAUCGGUGGCGGUCGAGCCAAAUUACCGCGUUCAAUCAGUAAUUUAUUUACAAUCGUUCAACUGAAUAACUAUUCUAACGAUGAACUACGGAUUAUUUUCAAUAAAUGGUUUCAAAAUGAUCUAGAAAAAAAACUCAUUAGCCAAAUUCAUCUCAAUUCUUUGUUUGACAUGCACGCUUCUCUUAAAGAUAUGGUAGAUGAAGGUACAGUUGGUCGAACAGGAGGGCCGUACGAACUAAACUUACGAGAUCUAGCCAAAUUUCGCGAUAUAUUUCAUGGCUCUAUCGAAAGUCAAUUAUCUCAUUACAAAUAUAUCAAUACGACAGACGACGUUGACCAUCCGGAAAAUAAUAUAGUAAAAGAAAUGUCCGACGCCCUUUGUCUGCCGAUACGAAAAUUUGCUCAAGUAUCGUAUGCUUGCCAAUUUCAAGGACAGAAAGAUGUUGAUAACAUAUGCCUGCUGAUCAAUGAUCGUUUUCCUAUCAAUGCAACGCUUAGCAAACGAGAAGAAGAUUGUUCAAUUGAUAUCAGUGUGGCUAAUAUUGUUCGAAUUGGCUCUAUUUAUAUCAGUACGGGUACAGCAGGAGUAGUAUCGAUUCAAGGUGAAAUGAUUCAUACAAGAAAAACAAUAAGACAAUUGGAAUUACUCGCUGCUGCAUGCCAAUCGAAACGGACUGUUCUUCUCGAAGGCGAUGUUUGUUCUCGUAAAUCAUCACUCGUCAUGGAACUUGCUCGAUUAACACGCCACCGGCUGAUCGUGAUACCUCUUCAUGAAAACUUUGAAACAUCAGAUCUCAUUGGUUCGUGGCUUCCAAUGACUGGUCCGUCGCAAGACGAAUUAAUUUAUGACAAAAUUGAUAAAUUAUAUAACGAAAUCAUUAAAAUCUUAUUUUUACUUGUUAUGCCAUUACUCUCCAAGCCUGUUGAUAACGAAAUUUUUGGUAAGAUUCGAAAUAUCCUGCGUCAACGGUCAUCUAGUUCAUUGAAUGAUCGACUGGAAAAAAUCAAUAUCGAAAUCAAAGUUUUACACGACACGAAUGAUUUACUAACGAAACUAUAUGAUAUUCCUCAAAUAUCAGGAAAUGUCAGAAUAUCCGUCUCGAAUUGUGUCUCUCAAUUAAUUAGCUAUGAAGAUAAAUUAAGUAAUCUUCGUCAUAAAAGUAAACCUGAUGUAGGCUUUACAUUUGUUGAAUCGGAAUUCGUCCAAGCGAUUCGUGAGGGCUGGUGGGUUCUAUUGGACAAUAUUAAUAGUGCACCCUCGGACGUUCUCGAGCGACUGAACUCAUUAGCAGAAGAAAAUCCGAUGUUAUCAUUGUACGAAAACUCUGAAGGUCAAGUUCUCAGUCAAAAAGACAACACAAUUCAUCAUGACUUUCGUCUUUUCACAACAGCUAACCUUAAUCGGAUUUACACCAAUAAACUCUCAUCGGCUUUUCUCAAUCGCGUCAUCCGUCUCUGGUUACCUCCAAUCGAUGAAGUUGACUCCGCUGACAGGGAAAACACUCAACUGACUGAUUUAUAUGAACUUCUUGAAGGUAAAUUAGCUGAUGUAUCUGGCGGUAAACAACUGGCUCAUUUACUUCUUCUCAUUCAUACCAAUGUCAAAGAUCAUGUGAAUGGUGGAAGUCUGGUUUAUCCUAGCGAUUUCGUCGUGACAUAUCGAUUGCUAGAACAAUGUGUUCGAUCUAUUCUUUAUUUAACUCGAGAGAAUAUCAAUCCAGUCGAUGCUUGUUAUUGGUCAAUAUUACGUUCUUACUGUUCGUCAUUACAGAAUAACGUUCAAUAUAAUCUUUUCGUUAGUCACCUUCUACAAACAAUCAAUGACCUGAAAUUAUGUGAGUCGUCAACGAUAUUUUCGAUACCGUUUAAUUUGCUCGAUAAAAAACAAUCCUUGUAUGUUCAAGAGAGACAACGCAUUCGAGUAGAAUUUGUUCGACUGGAGGGUUUUCUAGUUGAAUUGAUUUUUCAUUUGAUCAAGAUCUUAUCUGUCAAUAAUACAUUUGUUACAACUGUUCGGCAAUUAUUAUUAAAUUUCAUCGAUCAUAUUCUUUUGCCAAUGAGUUCUUCGGAAACAGUCUUCAUUCAACAGAAGAAAGUUCUACUCGAAAAUAAAAAUCUGACAACUAUCAUGCAAACCAUCUUGUCCCAAGUAGCUAAACAAAGUAAAAUCUCAAUAUCCACCGAUUCGACUGGCAUCGCUGAUGUCUCGAAUCAUGUACAAAAAUUGAUCGACAAGAGUUCCGCAGUGUUGCAAUAUCUGUGCAAUGAAUUGUGUAAGUUAAUUGAGCUAUUUGUUCAGCACACAUCAUUUACUGACAUGCAUGAGCGUUUUCAAUUUCUACGACGUAUUGUUCGGGUCGUUGAAAUAUUCGAUUGGUACUUCGAUGCGCCAAACUUCAAGUGUCUUGAUCAACGGACAAAAGUGCCAAGUCUAUGUGAACAAGUCAAACAACUUCUCGGACCUUUGCUUACUUUCAAAAGUAAAUAUAUGAAAUAUGAACUCCUUCAUGAUUCCGCAUUCACCGAAGCACGUCAAUGUUUCGAUCGAUAUGUGUCUAAUAAUAUUAACCUCUUCGAUUGUACUCUUAUAUGGUUGGUUCAAGAUGAACAAACGCGACCUAUACAAUCAGCGCGCAAAGAUAUUUCUAAAUAUUUCGAAUGUUUACUUCGAAGUUGCAAGGAUUCAAAGAUCCAUGAACCAAUUAAACAUUAUGCUGCGAUAUUACAAUGGAUUGGCCUUCAAUGGACCUUUGAUAACUAUCUGACGGAAAAUGUCCGGAAUGUUCUUCAAAAAUCAAGUUGUGUUACCAAUGACUUUAUUAUUGACUGCGAAAUAAAAUAUCGUGCUUGGGAAUUGUGCAAAGUGCUUUCAGAAAAACUUAAAACUGCUAUUCAAAACUUACCGUCACAAACAAGCGCCACAAAUGAUCAAUAUCGGUCCUGUAAACGUGAAAUAGAAAAUAAAGAAAAAGAGUUAAAAGAUUGCGAAGACGAUAUUUGUCAUACAGAAGAUCGUAUCACUGAUAUACAACGCGAUGAGCAUGCAUCAAUGACCAACCAAUAUACUGAUACAAAUGGAAACGAUCAAUUUUUUGGAUACCCUAAAGACGUGUCUGAAGAUCUUAAGAAAGAGAUCGAUUCGAAAGCCAAAUUGACAGAAAAAAAACGACAACUUCAAGCUGAAUAUAACGAUUUAAUCACACUUGAUGGAGAGUUCCAGUGCAAACGUGCUGAAGCACUUGAUAAAGCUAUGGAAAUAUUCGAAACACUUAAAAGCGAUAUUCAAACUGAGUAUAGAUCUCCAGCCUAUAAGUUUAUUCAAGAACAUUCUGAGAAGCCCAGAAGCAGCCGACUUUAUCAUCUUUGUCAAUUAUUAUUUGGCUUACAACAGAAUUGUACGAUGAAAACCGCUGAUGGCUUACUCGACAUUGAUGCUGUGCUUACUACAUCAUUUGCUCGUGCAUUAGUAGAGUAUGAAACUUUUCUCGACACACCUGUAGCAAUAUUCUUCUGUGGUUUCUUCUUUGUCGUAAAAUCAAUCGCCAAAUAUCGAUUACAUACAAUCUCAUCUUGGCAACAAUUACACGAACAAAUUAAUAUUCGUACACUAAAUGAGCAUGAUCUGGUAUUCUACUGUCCAAAGCAAAGCGCAUUCGAUUGUUGUUUAAUGAGUGUCAAAAAUGAACCAAUAGCUGUAUCCAUUACAUUAUGGUCUUUACAGGAAAAUCUUUCUGAAAUUGACCUACGCGAUGUUUUAAACAAAUCAUUGAGUGAACAAUUGAAAUAUUUCAUCGAACAGAAACAAUUACCUGAUGUGACCGCGAUAUCGACCGAUUCUGAUUCCCACGUAUUCGGACUUGCCUGCCUUGCACAUGUAUUUCAAAAUCAGAUCGAUUUGUUGAAUGUCUUCACUUCAGUUAACUCUGUUUUCAGACGAAUGAAAACAUUUAUCGCUAGUUAUACAUUGCCAUGCAAGUCACUAACGAUGGACGUAUACAUAAAACUCACUCAAUUGUAUAAAGAGCUGAACGAACAUUUUAUAUACGAUGAGUCAGCUGAUCCGUGGGAAAUUUAUAUCACCCGGCUCUGGAAAAUACUAACACCUUAUCAACAAAUAUUUGCUACUACUGUUUCUGAUUGUAUUCAUCAGGAGCUAAAAUACAGCAUUCAAACACUGGAACCAAAUAAUUUGAUUAGUCGUAUAUCAUCACUUGCGUAUUUAGAAUCAUUGCAGGGCGACUAUAGCUGUGUACAAUUGAUGAUUGAGCAUUUGAAUGCUACAGAUAAUCAAAUAACAGUUGACAACAAACGCGAUUUUCAACUUCUGUUCGGAUUUAUCAAAAAUUGUGAACGUUUGUUAACAUUCUUCGUCCAAAAUGCCAUUUUCAAUGGGCAUUCCUAUGCAGAAGAUCUGUACAAACGCUCACCUAAUGCAAUCGCUCAAAUCGAGGACAUUUUUCGACAGAUUUUACCUGCUGUUGACAUUGUUAAUGAUGACUUGACCAUCAAUGAUCAAUAUGAGCAAUCAACAUUCGAAAAUCUUCAAAAGAAGUUUGAUGAACAUCUGUCCAAUAUUGAAUUUCCCAAAACGAUUCUCGUUCAAUUUAAUCUGGCUAAUUUCAUCACUGAUAUCGCACCACUAUUCGAUGUGAGAAAACGUUUGCAACGCUCCAGUAGCUCCUUACGAAAGUCACGAGGUGAAACGAAUGCUAGCGAUGAUCCAAUAGUACGACGAAAGCAAACUAUGCAACAUAGAAUUGAGACAACAAUUGAGAACUUGAAUAAACUUUUAGAACAAGCUAAUGAACUUCCACUUCGGCCACAUCGGAUUAUCCAACGUAUUGAUAAUGUUCUACGGCAAUUAAAAGCGAUUGAUAUCAAUCAAGAUAUGGAAAAUGUGCAGCAACUUUUAGACCAAGAAACUUCACUGAAAGAUUCUCUUGCAAAAUUUGAUUAUGAAAUCAAACAGCAACAAACCUUCACCGUUGAGUUACCAGCUGAUCGAAAUAUUCACAAGCUAACAGCUGCAGAAAUCGGAUUCGCGUCAAGUGCAACCACUCGGUCCGAUUGCCACGAUGCAUUUACCGUCAUUCGUAACACGAUGCUCGAAUGCAGUCAAUGUCGAGGAUUUAACGAAUUGAAUGAAAUCAUUCGACUUAUUCAAAUACAAGCAUUAGAUCAAACAUGGAUGCGUGCGAUGUGUUUAUCGACGGCAAAGACUAAAUUCGACGAACUUCGAAGAACAUUGCUCGCAUUAAAUGAUGACUUACUCAUACAAUUAGAAGUCAACUCAACCGAAUUAAAAAAAAAUGUAACCGUUACAUAUACUCAAUUCCGUUGUGAUACUCUCAAGAAAGAAGCAAAUUUCAACACGUUGUCAGACUAUAAAAGCAUAGCGAACGUAUCGGUAUUAUUAGAACAAUGGAUGAGUAAAGAUAAUUUGAAUGUUUUUAACAUGUUUGAUAGUAUUAAAAUGAUCAGUGACCAUUUGAAUGUUGCUCACAAUCAAGUGAAAAACUCUCUCAAUGAUAUCUCUUGCAAUAUUCUACCUAUAAGCAUACGACCAGAAGAUCUAUUAUGUUUAUUAGCACCAGAAUAUACCACUCUUAUACAGCAGAUCUGUGCAAAAUUUGAUGAGAUCGAUCAGUUUCUUUCGUGUCGUAUGAGCACAAUAGAACCAAUUCAACUUACAUCCAUCGUUCCAGAUCCAAAGCCUAUUGCUGGUCUAGUUAGUUACAUUUAUAGACAAAAUGAAACGGUAACGCCGUUGUUCAACGAAACACAACAUCUUCAUUACAUUGUAAAUGAGGCUGUUCGUGUUAUUCAAGUAUUACUGAAUUCGUGUGUAGACCAUCGCACGGACAGUCUAUUAAUGAGAACUUGUUCGACUGUGAAAGAAUUAUUUCCGAUUCAAAUAGCACUUUCUCUAUCGUUAAUGAUUUUAAUAGACUGGAGUGCUGCUUGUUUAAAGGAUUUUACACAGGAACAUAUAAAUCUUAUUUCGCUCAAAUCAUUAGUGGAAGAAAGUAAUGCAUUGAAAGAAUUGGAAUUGAGUAUUGAUAAAUUGGAGAAGGAGGAAGCACAAUUGAAACAACAGCUCGAUGAAAUAAAACGUGAACACGACAAACUUCAACAUCAGUACGAAUCUUCCAGAGUCACAACUACUUGUGAAUAUAGUGGCGGCUCCCGCGCUGAAUGUAUUCGGCGUGAACAACGAACCACUGAUAAUAUUAGAAACAAACAAAAGGGGAUUGCGGACGCUAAACAGUCGCUAAGUGAACGUAGAGGUUUAUACGAUCACAAGCAGGUUCGUUUGCGAAAUGAAUGGGUAACAAAAGUCUUAGAACAUUUCACUGCCGUUUCUGAAAAUAUCAAAUCUUGUGUGAUAAGUCUCGCUCAGUUAUGCAAGUUGAAUGUGAGCGCUGUCAGUACUAAUCAUGUUCAAUUGCUCAAUCAUUCUGUAGAAAUUGGUAAAUAUUAUCUUAAGAAUUCUAUGACAACGAAUAUUGAUCAGAAUCUAUUGGUAACAAAGCAGCAAUCUGUUAAAAAAUCGAUUUGUCAACUGGAAAAUCUUAUGAAAGAAUUAACCGACAAAGAUCCAUUUCGAUCAUUUAUUGUAUUCUAUUGUGACGUUUUGCGUAUUUCAUUCUGUUCAUUGUUAAACUCGGUUUCCAGUUGGUCAACUUAUUCUAGUGUAUUUAACAUACCUGAUGUUAAAUUCUAUGCAGAAAGCCAACAGAAAUAUAACUUAUGUCAAUUAAAUAUGUGGACACUACGAGAAUGUAAUGCUUUUCUAAAUACAUUACGAUCGAAUAUUGAUCGACAUGAUAUUAUAGCACAUGCUCAAAUUAUCAUCAGCGAAGUUCACACAAAAGUAACAAAUUUUGAGGUUGCUUUUACUGGUUCGCUCAGUGGACAGAUUCGAGCUCCAGUGUAUGAAUUUAAACAAUUCGUAAUCAAUUUACUCAUUGUCGGUUGUCGUUAUUUUCAAUUCCAACGUGGAAUACAAGAACCACUUGCUCAUAUGUUGGAUGGUAUUGAAAUUAAAAUUUUGGAUACAAAUCUUCCUCAAACUGAAUUAGAUUUAACUCGCCGGCUCGAAUUCUAUGAAAGGCGAUUACGAAGUUACGACGAAGCGAGUCUUUUGCAGACACUGCAUCUUGCCUUUGGAUUUAAUUCCAAUCCGUUUAGUAUAUUUGAUAAUUUGGAUCAGUCUAUUAGCGAAUUAAUUCAAUCGAUCCUGCCUGCAGCAUAUAUGUUAACACGCACAUGGUCAACAGUUGAUGAAUUAAUUACGAAAAUUUCCAGAGCUAUGCAAUUAGCUUAUGUCUCUUGUAAGAAAAUAAAUGACUUCAAUUUCAUAAACGAACAUUUUCAUCCAAUCUCACAGCAUAUCAAUAAACUUUGUUCCACACUGUUGAAUGAACGAUCAGCAAUGGAAUCCUUUUGUGAUGACCUUCUCAUUCGAUGGCACAUGACGCUCAAGGAAAUACUACGAAGCUUCAUCAAAACACAAAAAUUACGCAUCCUUCGUCAACUUGAAUUACGAAAUAUACACAAUACAAAACAACAUAGCACCUUAUUUCAAUUUGAUCUAGCUACUGGUGUCAACAUGUUUCGAUUAGCAGAUAUUAAAAGAAUUUUUCAAGAGAAAAAUCAUCUGUUAAGUCUCGCCAGCCCACCAACACAGCAAUUAAUGAUAUCGAAUCAGCUUGGUGUUACUGAAGUGAUCUAUUAUCUUAUCAUAGGAGGUCUCGACAAUAUUGAAGAUGUUCUUAUGAACAUGGUACUUGAACUGAUGACUUUUCCAGAAUUCUUUGAAUUGGUUAAAUCAGUACGAGAUUUGUACCAACAGGGUACACAAUUAUUGUUUGAAGAAUCUUUGAUGACAUUUAUUAAUAUUGAUGGCAGUCAUGACACUCGUUCAUUUUCAUUACUCGACGAAAUGCAUCGCUUCGAGCAGAUUAUUUUCAAGAAUCUUGCUGAAGCAGCCCGGAAGGAAGUAAAAAAAAUGUCAACCGAAAUGGGUCGCUACACGAAUUUUCAGCUGUUCAUUCCAAAGUCACAGGAAAUUCUUGACAAUUGGGAUAGAGCAUGCAGCUGUUUUCUUGAACUACGUCGUAAAAAACGGUCCAAUUCGAAAGGACACAAAUCAUCAUCACAGAGAAAUCCAACAACAUCCGCAGAUAGCAGUAAUCACAGUAUUGUGGACAUUUUCAUGGAUACAGCUGAAAAACUUCGAACAUAUAUGCAACAACGACAAUUCGGCUCACAGAAUGUCUUUUCAAUAGCAGAUGAAGCGUGUACACAUGUAGAUCGGCUACUACAAUUAUCUAAUCAACAUCGAUCAUUCUUUACGACGCCUGUUUUGGAUACAAAAGCAUUCACAAAAGCCAAUAGCGUUUAUAUUUUGCGGAUUGAACGGAGAUAUUGGGGAAAUCCAGUGGCUAUUCAGUUCUAUUUUUGCGAGACGGAUAAUAGUGAUCCAUUUGUUUGGAGUAACACUGUGAGCGGAAAAUUCGGUGAAUUUAUCAUUGUUAUAAGCCAACCAAUUACAUAUUUCUUAGCUGAGACGUCACACGUACGCGGUGAUAAAGCGUACUGGCCUGAUAUGAUUAACAAUUCAGAGCCAUAUUCAUUGGUCGAUGGUCUGACCAUUCACUGUAGCUCAGCGCCAGUGCAGAAUUCUUACUAUAUUGUGGAAGGCCAAUCAAGUACACGGUCUGUUGAUCGUAUACAGACUCCUGAAAUCAAUUCACAGUUAACAGCUCUGGAAGAUGAAAUCAAAGCUAAAAUGAAACAGUUGACAGAAACAGAACAACUGAAAGGAUCAUUUAUUAAUACCACUAUGGUAAGGAUCGUUGAAAAAAUGCAUGAACUUGUUGGGAAAAUGAACUCGUAUUCAACUAUUCCAGAAAAUGAUCUGCUGACUACCAGUGAUGUUUACCAAUUUUUCAGAAAUCUACCACUCGCAGAUGACCUUGGCAGUAUUAUUAAUUCAUUAAUGUUCAAAGAUUUUGAUUCGAUUUCAAAAGGAAUGAUACAUGCCGAUGAUACAGAGCCCGCAUUGAUGUGUGAGAUAGGCAAUGUUUGGACAAUGUCAAUGGAAGGCAAUUUCCAUGGCAUUUACCAAUGCUUGACAGAUGCAAUGAAGAAAAUAGACUUAUGUAUUAAUUACCUAUGUAGAUACAAAGCACAGCUUAUACUAUUUUAUGCCUGGCAGAAUAUGAUCUCAACAGAUUAUAGGAAUGAUGAUCAAAAUGAAUUUUCUUUCAUGUUAUCCGAAUGUCAACAGCUCUAUCGGAUGCUUAAUGGUCAAAAUCAUGAAAAUAUCAAAUGUGUAAGUGAAUGUAAGCGUCUCACUGAUAAGGCCGACAAGCUAUACCGUUUAUUGAAUCGAAGGCUAAACAACUGGACUGAAGUACAAAGAAUUAUCCAUUUGCCGUCAAUGGGACUGGGAAGUAACGUAGGCGACGCACUGCUGUAUUCAACAAUCGGUCGCGAUACUCAUAUAUGGAUCAUGCAAGCGCAGAAUAAUGGCGAAUCAGCAGUUGCAUUCGAAUGUUAUCCACAACCAGCUAUUGUAAAUUUCGAUACUGUACUUAGUGGUACUUGCCAAUGUGUAACAAAACGAAUCUAUAUACACAAUCAUGCUGACCGAGAUUUAGCUGUACGAAUAGACAGACAUACGGUCACAAAUCUAAUCCUUACACUAACUAAUAACAAUAUAUUAGUUGCUACAGAUAGUUUAUGUGAAAUUGAUGUUUUACUACAACCACCAACUGAUGUUAAUUUAUACUCUGAAGAAUGGAAUUUAACUAUAAAUGAUAACUGCGCUGUUCCGAAUGCUCUGACAAUGGAGGUGCGUAUCGUCGAAGCUGAUGUCGAACAAUCAGAAAAGGAGAUUGAUUUUGGUCCUGUGGCAUGUGGUAGUUUUCAACUAGAAAAAAAGAUUGAUCUGAAAAAUCUAUUACCAUGUUCGUUACAUCUUAUGGCACAAAUACAAGAUACGGGUAAAAAAAUGUAUCAAUCGAAGCUAAUUCUUCUCCACUCAGAAUUUGUUUUGCCAGCUGAAUCAAUUAUACCAUUUGGCAUAGUAUUUGAACCAUCCGAUACACAUGAAGAGAUUAUAGAGAAAGAUAUCUGCCUUGCAGUUGAAUCGGGGAAAAAUUUGAAAUGGCUCAAAGUGCGCGCUCAGGUCAAACAGACAAAUCUCAUCAUAACUUAUGAAGGACGUCCAAUUAUCGACAAUACACAAAUUGGACGGCUACAUAUAAAGAAUUUUUAUCAAGGUGAAAAGCGGCUGAUACCUCUUGUUUGUCACAAUAAGGGAGCAAUUAAUUAUACACUCCGAUUCUUUUCAGAUCAAUUGAAAUUGAUUACAAGCGAAGUCAAUUUAGCUACGAAUACAACACAUACUGUGCAAAUUGAAGUAAAUAUGCCAACUGAUGUUCCUUCACGAAAAUUCACUUUGUACAUCGAUUUUGUCAACAAUAAGCGACGAUGUGAGAUGAUAUUAGAAUGUCAAACAGCCCGACCUCAGCUUCACUGUGAAGAUCUUUCAACGGGUAUCAAACAAAUAUUCUCUAUUGUAAAUUCGGGUCAAAUGGCAGAUAUUCGCAAUGAAAAUAAUGAUUGUCUUAAACCGUUAAAACAUAAAAUAAUGUUUCGAAAUUCGGGCGAAGCUUCGGCUACUCUUAGCUAUGACAAGCUGGUUUCUAAGAAAGAUCAUCAGUGUAUCCUAGCAGCACGUGUACAUAUGGAACCAAAAUCUUUGACUAUCGAGCCACAAUCAAGUGCAUCAAUGUUUUUAACAUAUAAUCCAACAAGCUUGCAACCACUGAAUGCUAAUGUGCAAAUCGUAUCCAAUACGUCGAAAGUUGCAUUGGAAAUUCCUUAUACCGUAGAAUUUCAUCGGCCGAUUUUAGAAACUCAGCCCCGCUCAAUGAUAGAUAUUGGUAUGAUAGAGGUGGGAAGUGUUUUGAAGGAAAAAGUUCUUGCUAUACGGAAUAUUGGACAAAAAGAACUACGUUUUUCUUUCAGCAAAAUUUGUCUUAAGCAUCCAUGUAUUAAAUCGGUUGUUUGUGAAGAACCGUCAACAAAUCAAGGGAACCUUCUUGAAACAAAUCAAUCGAUUCACAUCAAUCCUAAACGGGAACGUUCAUUUGAUUUAACGAUCGAAUUCGGUACGCUUAAUGAAAUGUCUUCAUCAGCAACGCUAGGCCUUUUUGCAUUAGAACUAUCGAGUACAUGCUUACCAGUAGUGGAUCUUAAUGGUAAACUUAUUAAUCGUGUUGCUUAUGUAGUUUUUGUCGGACACACAGCGCCGAUGCCUUGGUACAGUAUUAUCAGUACACAAAAUCGUGAGACAUGGACAUCUCUUCAAUUAUUACCACCAUCAUGGUUGCAUUCUAUUUGUACGCAGGAUUCGAUUUUGAAUAUAUAUGCUCCACUCAUUGGACAUACCGCUGCAGCACAUGUUUGCGGCUUACGCUUGACAAAAUCUGGAUUACCAAACACAUUAGAAGAAUGGAAUACGUUUUGUAAAACACUGGGCGUGCACCCACAAUCACCUAAUGAAGAACCGCUUGGGCUGAUUCACUUUUCUUCCAAUACAACCAGAGACACCGCAGCCAACAAGCUUGUUAGAUUGUUGCGAUACCACCUACAGAAUAACCAUGAUUUGUUUCAACAAUUAACAUUGUUUCAGAGUUCAUUUGAUCGUACCGCGUCUAUUGAGCUACAAUUAUUGGCGACGAUUAAUUCAACAUCGGAUGCUGACGAAGCUGAUGCAAUGCAGUGGUAUUCAUUAAAAUUUUGGCAUCUUUUCUGGAAUUGCCAACAAAAUGCUACUUUUCAUCAAUCAAUUAGAUUAGUUCGUGAAUGUGUUGGCAAAGAUCCGAACAUGCCUGAGUGUGUAAACAUAUUCAGCAAAUUUAUUUGCCAAACUACACAUGGACGAUUCGAUGUACAAGAAUGUCUUGUGAAACUAAUACCGUCUGGUGAUCCAUUUACUGAGUUGCUCAGAGAAGUGAACGAUCAAACUAGUUUGAAGUGGACAUUAUUAUUUUUGAAUGUUUCUGAUCGCGUGAAGCAAAUCGUUAUUGGACUAAUUGAGCAGAAGUGGGAAUCGCUCUUAAAUUUGUACUUAAUAUCAGAGGAUCAGCAAAAUGUAUGGACGAAGCAGAGAUCAAUUUUAGAAGCGAUAAAGAAUGCACAUAAGGGAUGGAACACAGUAAAAUCAAACAUAUAUCGCGACUAUCUGACACCGCUUCUUGCUGGAUCCGAACAAGUUGCUAGUUCUCUUAAUAUCGUAUUCGACAAGUUAUCAAACCAGCCAUAUGCGAAAUUAAGCCAUGCGCUUGAAGUAGUAAAAUCUAUUCUGAAGCAGUUAGAUUUGACACAAUCCUAUGAUAUACUCGACACCGUUUUCAAUGAAAACACAUCUACACGUUUAUUUCAAGCACUUGCAAAACUCCAGACUCUUCCCUAUCCAACUGUUGAGUAUCUUGUCUCGAUUAUUCUCCAAUUUCAAAAUUCACUCACCAGGGAUAAUAAUGACAAUGAUAUUCAAAAAGCUGACGUCGAACGUUUUUGUCGAAUACUGCAAACCAUUUUUCCUUUCACUCACGCACAAUGGAUUCAACUUAGGGAAUGCAUUAAGACAGUAUGGCGUUUAGUCAUUUUAGCCUGCCAGAAACAAACAACAUUUGCUGAUAUUAUUGCUGAAAUUAUUUUGCUUCGUUAUACACUUGACAUGGAUAAACAAUGGUAUAUUAUUCGAGAAGCGUAUAGACAAGUAUGUUGUAAGCCAUCAUGGCAAACGAUGUUAGUAUUGAGCAAUGAAAUUAAAUUAAAUGGAGAUAUGAUAGAAUUGACGCGAAGAAUUUCAAUGGCAAAUACUGAAGGAGAAAUGGCUGAAGCAGUUUUUGAGAUUUGCCGACGAGUGUCAACUAACACCGAAUGGAGCGCAUUGACCAUAUGUGAACCGUCCAUUCGUAAUCUACCAUCAGGUUCAUUACUUAUUGAUGAACGUUUGAAACAAAUUCGAUCAGUUGUUUCUGAAACAGUGCAAAAGAAAAUUGAUGCUUGUCUUCAUCUUCUUAGCUUAUCUACAAUAGACUCUCAGACUAAAGAUGAACAAUAUGGUUUAUUGAAUAAUAUUGUUCCGGCAUGGUUGACAUUAUUUCCCGUAAACUGUGACAAAUUACUGCGUGUGUUCGAUGCAAUUUCAUCUAUUCUCAGUUCAUUCCAUCAGAUAGUCAAUCAUCGACAAUUCCUAUUGGUCCGAGAGCUCUAUACUACAAGUUUGGCUGUAUCAUUCUGUGCACUUGCCAAUUGCCGACGACAUUUUUGUGAUGUGAUUAGCGCUACCCGGAUAAUGACAUCACCAACAACUACUAACUUGUCAAUCAUUUCUCAUAUUCGAAAGAAUAUUAAAAAAGAAGUCGUUCAACUUUCGCCAACAUUUGAUCCAUCACCAUUACAAUUAUUGUCUGCACAAAAACUACCCUCAACGCAAAUCGUACUAAAAGGGCCACACUACUCUGAUGAAGUGCGAUCUAAAAUGAGGAAAGCUGUCGAAAAGUAUACCACGAGCCGCGAACGGCCUCCAUAUUUGUAUCGUUCAUCGGAUUCGGUUCGCACUACCAUUGCUCGAUGUUUAGAUUCUCGAAAAGAAAUACCUCAUUGGCACGAUGUAUUCACAACAUUUGUUGUUCUCAUUCAAAAUCAGCCGCCGCCACUCACUGACCAACAAAUAAAAGAUGGCCAAGGAAUUCUUCGUCGUGGUUUGAGAUUGUUACGAGAUCUAAUUGUCAUUAAAAAGCUACUUGAACCAGCAUUUGCUAGCACUGGUGUUCAAUUUUUAGCUAGAGAUCUUGCUCAACUCGAAAGAUGCUUCCUCUCGUUGUCUUUUGACAAAUGUAAGCACUUAGGAAGUAUUUUACAAGCGUUGAACAUCAAUAUUAGUCGAGUGAAAAGUAGCGUUAAACCAACGUCUUGUUCUAUCAGACCGAAUGAGCCUGGUCAACAACAAGAAUACGAUGGUUUCGAAUGUUCAUCUGAUGUGAUAGAUUUGAUUGAAGGAGUGAAUAAGAAUGGAAACACCUUGCUUAUGACAGACCAUGUACAACUAACAAAAGUUGACUGGCACACCGCAUUUAAAAUGGAGGAAAGUCAACGUUCGACGGAGAGCCAGAAACAAAAUCUGUACACACGACAGAUAUCAAAGGCGAGCUCGAUCAAUGAAUCAGAUGGGAAUAAAACAGUCAGAGCACGAGUAGAAACUCUAGCAAAUGCUAUGUUAUCAGAAUCUACUGCUACCGCAACAUUUUCGUCAUCUGGCGGACGUAUGAGAAAGUCGAAUAGAGCAAGCAAUAUGGCGACAACUGCUACUUUAUCAGUUAAUUUUGAUUUACAAUUGAAAAGCAUGCAAGAACAACUAAAGAAUCGAACUAAUCUCUAUGAAAUAUACAAGAAAUCAGAGGAACAAAUGACGUUGAUAGAUUUUCUGAAUCCGCUACCCAAUCGUCCAAAACUAGUACCAACGAAUAAGUCUGACCGAUGGUCAUACCAGAUGUUAAUUGAACUACCGUCGAUAUCUCGAAUGAUCGAUCUUAUUAGUCAAGAGUUUCAUUCCGGUUGGAAUAAAUUACUUGCUCAUAGUGAUCCACUCAAGCAACAUGAUGUUCGGUGGUGCAUUAUGAUCGAUAAUUCAACUUCAAUGAUCAUUCAUCGCCAUGCUGUGUAUGAAACUCUAACCGUUGUUUUAGAAGUCUUACGUAAACUCGAAAGUAAAUUUGCAGUAGCGCGCUUCGGUGCUCGAACAAAUCAAAGACCUUUAAAAUAUCUUGAAGAAAUAUUUACUAAUGAAGACGGACAAUUUAUUCUUGAAUCUUUGACAUUUGACGAAGGUACAUAUCCAGCAACAGGAUUAGCUAACAUUACGCACGACAUUUUCGAUCGAAAGAAAGAUUCAAAAUCAUCGACUGCAAAUGUUCAUAAACUUGUUCUGAUGAUCACUGAUGGCUUAACACAAGAACGUGACAAAACAUCUUAUUCCGACACAAUUCGAAAGAAUCAAAUACAUCUCGGCUUUAUGGUCAUUGAAACUGCGGAUGAAAGUAACAGUGAAUUAUUAAUCAAAAACUUACCUGACGUCGAAAGCUGCGUUCUCAAAUCAAAUGCAAUUAGUGACUUACCACGUGAGAUGUCCAAUCUUAUGUAUAGGCUGCUGGAAUCAUGUUUGAAAAAAGAUUCUACCAAAUCCUCCCAAUUAACCUUAUCAAAUAUUUGCAUUAAACCUCCAGAAAUCAGUCAAGAUAACCAACUUCAGCAACAUGUAUUGGAAACACAAUCACGUAACGUUAUCAAUCCUAAUUUAUAUAUAAUCAGUAGUCCAACAGCAACUAUUCCGAAACUAGUAGAGGUUCAAUCCCACACCACAAGUUAUUUGUCGCGGAAAAGCCCGUAUACUGAUUUAGCUACAGAAGGCGUUAAAGAGCUCGACAAGUACUAUCGAUCACUAAACUUAACAUCUGUAUUACAAGAUGCAGAGAGAGCUUGGAUUGGUGAAGAAUUUCGUUUCCUACCAUUAAUAAACGAUAUUACAACGGUUCUUGGCGAUAUUGUCUUUCCGUUGAAUAGAUUCACGCGCCCUCGAGCAGCUCUUCAUGGCUCAUCAUUAUAUCUACCUGGGCUUAUGAAAGCAAUGACAACGAAUUGGAAUUACAAGAAAAUCUUCAGCAAUAAACAAGCUGGUGGUCGACGCGAUCAUGCUGUAUGUCUUGUUAUUGACGUUUCGACAUCUAUGCGUGGCUCAUUCAGCGCAGAAACUGUUGAGACAAUCAUAAUCCUGAUCACUAGUCUACAGAAACUAAAUAUCGAUAAUUUUGGAAUUAUUGUCUUUGGUCGCGAUGUAAGAUUGAUUAAAACAAAUGAACAACCAUGGAGUGCAGCUGUGAUUUAUACGUUGAUGCAAGAAUUGAAUUUUAAUCGAGAUGAUGAAAGCAGAGACGCUGAUGCACUUGAAGUUGCAAUUGACUUGUUAAAUCAAUGUUCCACACGAGGUGAAAAGAAAAUAUUUAUUAUAACUGAUGGAUACGGUACGUGUGGUGCUCGAUUACCUCUCGUGCAACAACGUGCGGAACAUAAUGGAAUUGAUAUAGUUGCUAUGGCUGUUGGUUAUGAUUUAGCCAAUAUCAAAGUUGUGUAUAAACGUUAUAUGCAAUGUGCUACUUCAUAUGGUUUGCCAAAAGCAUUACGGCGCCUGUUUGAGCAUGAACUUCAACUAAUUACAACCGAAUGGUCCGCAGCACACGGUGAUGAAAGUGCAAGUAAUCAAGCGAAUAUCAAAGAGAAAACAGACUUAUUUGAACGGAUUGAAACAAAGAAGAUAUUUAGUGAACUGGUUCAGUGUUUAACUAAUCAACGUGAAUCGUUUUUAAAGGAUACUAAUGAUCUACCAUCGCAUGUUACCAUAGACAUUUGUUUUUGUUUGGACUGUACAGGUAGUAUGUCACGAUGGAUCUCAAUAGCCAAAGAACAAAUGGAAUCUAUCAUCGUUAAUAUUAAUCAAAAGAUUCAAAAGGAGUAUUCGUCAAUCAAAGUCCAACUACGUUUUGCUAUUGUUGGUUAUCGUGAUUUGUGUGAUGACCCACCAUUUUUUCCAUACGAUUUCAGCACCGAUACAAAUCAAAUUAUUAAAAAUCUUCGAGAAUUACCAACGAGCGGUGGUGGUGAUAUACCCGAAGAUGUACUUGGUGCUCUUGAUCGAUGUAUAAAAAUACCAAAUUGGAGUUCAUCAAGUGCUCGUUUGAUUGUUCUUAUCACGGAUGCACCUGGUCAUGGUCUUGAACUCAAUGAUAAUCUUGCUAUUGACGACCAUCGACAAGGUGUUAACGAACAUACAGUUCAAAGCAUUUGUGAUCGUUUAUUGGUAACAGGUGCUGAAACCGAUCUAAUUUUUUGCUCGGUCAAUAAGGCAGCGACGAAAAAAAUGCACGAUGCAUUCGACAAAUAUUACAAAGAGAAGGAGAAGUUAACACAUAAAAAAUUUACAUCAGUUGAUCUGAUUGAUGAACAACAGCAGCAAGCAAAUUCAAAAUUAUUACAUUUCAUCCUCGUACUCGACGAGUCAGGGUCUAUGGGCUCACACUGGUCUGAAUUGCAAGCAGCGUAUAAUAAAUUUUUAGAUCGGCGUUGCAAUGACCAAGGUGUGAACGAUCAAAUCAGUGUCGUUCUAUUUAGUACAGCUGCUCGUAUUGUACACGAAAAAAGAACUAUCAGUGAUGCUCGCCAGCUACCUAAUCCAACACUUAAAGAUACAUCCUAUUCAGUUGGACUAUCCAAAGCAAAAGAAAUUAUCAUCAGAGAUACAACGACGUCAUCUAUUGUAAUGAUAUUCAUGUCGGAUGGGGCUAACCGUGAUAAAAGCAAUCCGUCCCACACAAUGGGUGAACUGAUCACACAAUGCAGAACGAAUAAUCACAAGUUUAUUUGCCACACAGUUGGUUUUGGCAUUGGUAUUCAACCUGGAAGUGGAGAAGCAGAAUUACUUGCUAAUAUGGCAUCGAAAACUGGAGGUCAGACAUUUACGCCACGUGAUGGUGUACAAUUGGCCGGAGUAUUUGACACAAUUGCAGCGAAUUCAACUACCAGUGACGCUCUACUCGCACGCUUUGCGGAGUUUCUUUCACAUCAUAUUCAUAAAAAAAUAAUAACUGACUAUUUCUAA